GAUGCUCCCCUCUUUGCAAGAAUCGCUGGAUGGGGACGACAAGGAGCUCGAGAGCAGUGAGGAGGGGGGCUCCGCGGAGGAGCGGAGACUCGACCCGCCGUCCAGCAGCCACUACUGCCUGUACAGCUACCGCGGAAGCAGAUGGGCACAGCAGCAAAGGGACAGUGACGAUGGAAGUGGCACAAAUGCAGAAGCUCCCACCGGUGACGAUUUCAGCCUCUCCUUGGUGGACACGAAUCUCCCAGCCGAAGCGGAGCCACAGCUGCGCAGUUUCCUUGCGAAGCGGCUUUCUAAGGGGGCAGUCUUUGAAGGCCUGGGGAAUGUCGCGUCCAUGGAGCUGAGUUCUCCAGGUUACCGAGUCGGUUGUUACUACUGCCUUUUCCAACAAGAACUGCCUCCCGAAACGGCCACGGCGGACUCUGAAGACCCACCUUCCCAGUGUGUGGUCUGCUUUCUAGGGGGCUCUGAGAAAGGACUUGAGCUCUUCAGGCUCGAAUUGGACACAUAUAUUCAAGAGCUGAAAAAUAAUAUGAGCUGUGAGGAGAGGGGCCUGGAGAGCCACCUAAAAUCCUAUCUGAGCAACUGGUUUGAGGAUGUUGUCUGCCCGAUCCAAAGAGUCGUUCUUCUCUUCCAGGAGAAACUUACCUUUUUGCUGCAUGCUGCCCUGAGCUAUACUCCUGUCGACGUGAUAGAAUCAGAUGAAAAGACCAAGAAAGACAUUCACAGGUUUCUGAGUGUGGCCAGUCUUCAGGGACUUAUUCAGGAAGGCACCAUGACCUCUCUGUGCAUGGCCAUGACGGAGGAGCAGCACAAGUCUGUGGUCAUCGACUGUAGUGGUCCCCAGCCUCGAUUCUUCAAUGCAGGAAGCAACCGGUUUUGUGAGGAUUGGAUGCGCGCCUUUGUAAAUGGUGCUGAGGGGGGCAACCCUUUUCUCUCCCGGCAAGUACUGGAGAACUUUAAAUUGAAGGCCAUCCAAGACACAAAUAAUUUGAAGCGGUUUAUCCAACAAGCAGAAAUGAAUCAUUAUGCUUUAUUUAAAUGUUACAUGUUCCUGAAGAACUGUGGUAGCGGCGAUAUUCUUUUAAAGAUUGUCAAAGUGGAGCAUGAAGAAAUGCCAGAAGCCAAGAACGUGGUAGCCGUCCUUGAAGAAUUCAUGAAAGAGCUCACCUAAGUUGUGUGACGGGACCACGCGCUCUCGGACAAUCCCAUUGUCCAGGCAGCAGGGCCACGCCUUGGUAUUUGAAAUUGUAGUCGUCACUGCCUACAGAAUUACUGUUGAAUAUGCUUUGAAACUCAUUUCAGAUUUUUCUUUUUCCUUUUUAAAAAUUAACUCAAUUAAACCCAGAUCUCUGAGGACCAUCUUUACUAAGUCCUAGAUAGAUAGACCUGUGUGUCAGAAUUGUGAACUUUUAAUAGGUCACUGGCCCUGUGCAUUCUGGAUCCCAGGGAAUGGUUGCUUUAAAAAUGUCAGAGGUCAUUCUAUGGCCUCUCUCCGGCGUUUGCUGCUGUAGCUAGCAACUUUUCCCCUCGGAAAAAUCGUAAUACCUAUUCCUCAAUGGAUUGUUGCUUCUUAAAAAAAAAAGUAGUCCUAGCUUUAGGACAGAUGCCUGCCUGUGACACCUGGUGUUUUCCACUUGGCCUGAUUGACAGUGGCAGUGAUGACGCAGCCCCCACGCCAGUCGGUGUGGAAAUAAAUCAUGCACGGGGCAGCUCUGAAAUGAACAUCACCAGUAGCUGUCUUACCUUCCACAUUAGACGUUCCGGAGAGAAAACGGCUGCGGACGUGGCUUCCCCAACCACCUACCUUCCUCCAUUUGUCACCGAUACUUGCCAAGGGCAUGGCUGUUCUUUCUCGUUCUAGCUGAAAGUGCUCUGGCUUUAAGCCAGUGUCAGGGGAAAGCAACAACAGAAUCCCCGAAGCAGAAUCCUUCAUAUCAGAAGAAUCCCUCAUGGUAGUGUUUUGCACAUUAUUUAAAGCCUCACAUUGUUUUUACUUUGGAUCAAUUGAGAGUGCCCUCAGCUAGCUGUUUGUAGUUUCCAUGGAAGCCACAGGCUUGUCAUUGUGCUGCAUGCCUCUUCCACCUCAAGCCUGUAGGGUAAUGGUUUCUGUUGAGAAGUUCAGACCGGUUCCCAGGACCCUGAGGAUCCUCAGAGGGACAUAGGCCCCUUAACCCUGAAGAAUCCUCUCCUCAGCGGGUCGAGAUUCACACUCUCUGCCUAGUUUUGACUUUGAGAAGAACUGACAGUGGGCUUCUGUCUGCUCGGCAUACGUCUAUCUUAAGAACAUGAUUCACUGAGCCAUUUAUUUUCCUUUAAUGAGAAGUACAAUUCUGCAUCCUCAUAAAGGCUUUGAUGUCACUAUGUUUUAAUAACUUAGACUGUAGACAGUGUAGGGGAAAAAAAUCUAGCAUUUUUAUUUUUAAUGAGGUUCAGGAUGACUAUGGAAAAUGAGCGUUUUAUAGUACUACUCUUGAUUUUAUAGUACUACUCUUGAAUCCGACUAUCUUUUUUCCUGUUGCACUUGAUUGUCUACUUAGGAAACAACUUUUUAUUAAAUCUUAAGGUUUUUUUGAAUGUUGUGAGUUGAGUGAAAGUUGACAAAGCAAGUUCGCUUCCCGCAUUUUGUUUCCUGACAUGCCUUGCCAUCACCUCAAUGUAACAGCACUGAGCCCCCUUUGCCGUUCGCCCUUUGCUGCCCCGGCCUGCCUGCUGAACUGAGCCUUCGUGCAAACGCUGCUGCCCUGUGUGCUUAGAAGGGGUGACUGGCUCAUUGUUCGGAGGCAGGCACUCCUCCUGGCCCUUUCCUUCCCUGUAGGCCAAUUGUUGCGCUGCCUGGAGAGCUCUGGGAGUAGGUGUUAGUCCAGGUUUGAAGGGUGUCAUUUGGGCCACAGUCUCGGGUUCUGUCCAUCUCGGUCAGAGCAGUACACGGAGUCUUUUUCACGAUUUUGCAUUUAUUUUGAUUUGUGUAGUGAUAGCAGGCGCCAUCAUGUCUUUGGUCUUGGCUGUGGAGGCUGUGGUUAGCAUGGCCUGUGAGUCCUGUGGACUGUCUCCUUGAGAUUUUUAUUUUCUUCAUUCUUCUGUGCUCGGAACUGUUCUUUCUGUUUUUAGAUAAGUAAUACCAGGACAUCAAAAUUUGGGGUCUGGAAAACAGUUGUUCACUUUUAAAUUCACGUGCCAUUCCAGAGUCCAUGUUGUAAAUGGCACUUAAGAACAAAUGAACUGUCAGAGCCCCCAAUAAGAUGAUUUAUGUUUUAAAAAAAGAGCAAAUAAAAAAAAAAAAAAGAGCAAAUAAGCCUAUUGCCUGCUUCAAAACACUAAUGGAUAUGAGCAAGGUAAAAGGAUAUUCUCCCAAUGAGGUGGUUUCAAAACUUGUGGGCAAAAUGGAAUGAAAAGGUAAUGGAAUUUUUCUGUGAACUUUUUGAGCCCUUCCCCCAUGUGUGUGCAUACAUGUAUAUACCACGUGUGCAUAUUUAAUAAUUUAGGGUCUCUAUAUUAUAUCUUGUACAUAAAACAGCCUUGUUUUAAAAGUCUGACAAAUUGUAUUUCACUACAAUAGACAAGGGAAAUUUGACAUGAAAUUGAGUAGCUUGUUGGCCAGCAGAAGAAACCCCGGUCAUGACCAGAGACGUGUACUACAUUCAAACAGUAAAAAGCUAUUGUAUUAACUUUUAAAGUUUUAAAAAAGGUUUAUAUAGACCUGGAGUAAAUUUAUGUUUUGUAUUAUUUGUAUGCUGUACACUGAGGAAAUGUGUGUCAUGUAUCAAAAGAGGCCUCUGUUUAUCUGUUAAUUAUACUUGUAAUAAGAAUAAUAAUAAAGAAUGUGCUUCUAAUCAAAGUAGUAAUAUUUGUUUAGGAGUUCAGUUCUCAAGCCUGA